GUCUGUCCUCCUCUCCUCUCCGUUCUUACUGGCCCGCACUUCGAGCCUGCUCUGCUAGUAGUCUUCCACGCUCUCCCUCGUGAUUUACGUCGGCCUUUCCAAACCAUUUGACGGUUUCAGUUAUGCAACUGUCUUGUCCAGAUCAACGGCUGGAGUAGUAGCUCAGCGGGAGUGUCAUGAGCCCAUUUCUCGUCGCUCGACUUUCCCACGUCGAAACCCUCAGGAAGGCCCAAGUUGGAAAGUCGGCGAGUGCCGUUCCCAUGGGCGAUCACCCGUUAGUAGCGCCCGUUGUGGCCGCACAAAAUCCGCCUGCAAGUAGACGCUCGAGUCGAGAUCAGCUUCGAAUUGCUCCCAAUCCGCAGCUCGGCCGUUUCGAAGGCCGAGAGCCGUCGCCAGGCGACAGCAAAGACAGUCGCACUGUCGCCCGGCCCCACAGCUCCCGUCGCACAGCCAUCGUCGAGCGACGCAGCACGGCGCCGCAGAGGGAGGCAAUUGGGGGCAGCGGAGCGGAGAUCUCGGGAGAGGACGAGCGGGAGGAUGCGGAAGCGACGGAAGUGGAAGCGGAAGCGGAAGGGGAGGGGGAGGGGGAGGGGGAGCAGGAAGGAGCGGGGGACGAUUCUGGGCCGGACCCGGCGGGGACGAAGAGGAGAGACAGGCACCGGAAAGUGGACGGCAGAGGCCGUCGCAUUCGCAUGCCGGCGGCGUGCGCGUCGCAGAUCUUCCAUCUCACGCGAGUGCUCGGGCACCGAUCGGACGGCGAGACGAUCCAGUGGCUGCUCGACCAGGCGUCCCCCGCAAUCAACGCCGUGAUUCCCGGCGCUGGUAUCGGCGGUUCUGGGAAUACCGACGCGUCGGCGGCGACUCGAUCAGGGAAUCAGAAUCCGUGCGCCAGUGCUACUAGACCGGUUGGAGAAGACGAGGUGGGGGGCGGUGGAGCGAGGAAGAGACAGAAGAGUGGAGGGUCCGCGGAUGCGAGGGGACAGCAGAAGAAAGAGCAGAGACUGCCGCAAGCACCGGCUGCGCAGCCAGAGCCGCAGCAAAGGCAGCUGCAGCAGGUGCAACAGCCGCAAGGUCAGCGAAGGCAGCAGACGACCGAGGCGGCGGCACUGGAUCCGUGUGAGUCAGAGCGUGACCGCGUCCUGUCCAGCAUUCCCCCGGCAGCAGCGAUUCAGAUGCUGAGUCAGCUGCAGUCUCAGCACCACUUACAGCACCAACCCCAUCACCAUUCCCAGCACCCAUCCCAGCACCCAUCCCAGCACCCAUCCCAGCACCCAUCCCAGCAGCAAGUGCAGAUGGAUAAUCAUCAGCAGCACCUGCUGCAGAUCAUGCAGCAGCACCGGCAGCGACAGCAGCAAGUGCAACAGCAGCAGUGGCAGCAGGAACAACAGCAGCAACGGCAGCAGCAGCUACAACAGCAGCAGGAACAACAGCAGCAGCAGUGGAAGAACGUGAUAAGUUUCUUCGCUCAGCAAAUAAGGGCUGCACAGUCCAACACGCCGGCGGCAGCAGCAGCAGCCGCAGCCGCCGCUGCAACGAUGACGACGACCUCGCUUGCGACUUCCAUCCUCCGCGCAUCGGCAUCCCACGAGCAUCAUUCCGCACGACCCGAUGCUUCAUCCGCAUAUGGUCCUCUCCAGCAUAUGCCCAUGCCUAGCGAGGUCACCCUGGGAGGCUCUGACCGACCUCAGGUGGAGAUGGGGACAUCAGAAGCUGUGGGAACGGCAGGGACGGCUGGUUUUGCUGAAAUGCGGCCCCACACUGCAAGUGGACGACUGCAGACCCCCACCGAAAGGCCACACAUCUCUACUGGAGGCAGUCUGCUGGAAAGGCUUGGAGUCGUCUCCCAGAAUACACAGAGCAGCUGCCCACCAGUGCCUCAGGGCGCAGCAUUGGUGAAGCCGGUGGGGGGUGAUCCGGCCUUGAGCUCACUGCAUGCAGAUGCGGUGCAUGCUUCACACAACGUGGAGAUCUUGACAGGAAUUGUGGACGCAGAAGGGAGUGUGCGCGCGAGUGGUUUUGGUGGGAGCGUCAGUGAGAGGGUACAACUGGAGUCAGCAUCGGUGGGGGCAGUUCCGUCGCGGGAGAUUGCUCUGUCGACUGCUGCCUUCCUCAGGACAGAAUCUGCCUCUCCGAUUCCCUUGGCUCCUACCCCUACCGUUGUUUUGGAUCUUGGCCUUGGCGUAGGUGAUAGCCAAGACAAGGGCUUUCCCCAUGACUUGAACUCAUAACGUAUUGAGUUUUUUUGCUUCUAUUUGUGUUGUUGGUUUGUUUACAA